AUGAACGCCAAGCGCGGCGUGAGCGAGCAGGACAACGAACGCCACAAGAAGCAGCUGGCGCUCCUCGCCAAGCAGGAGGGCAACAGGGGCUGCGCGGACUGCGGCACGCGCAACCCGACGUGGGCCAGCGUCAACCUGGGUGUCUUCGUGUGCCUCACCUGCAGCGGCGUGCACCGCUCCCUGGGCGUCCACAUUUCCCAGGUCCGCUCCUGCAACCUCGACACCUGGCUGCCGCGCCAGGUCGAGUUCAUGGGCGUCAUGGGCAACCUGCGGGGCAACCACUACUGGGAGGCGCGGCUCCCGGCCGGCUUCCAGCGGCCGCCGAGCGGCGCCCCGAACCCGCAGUUGGUGGGGUUCAUCCGCAGCAAGUAUGUCGAGCGCAAGUUUGCUGCAGAGGAUGCGCCGCCACCUGACAUCGACAAUUGGCGGGCGCACCCGUACGGCGCGGGCGACGCUGCGGCUGGCGGCCCGGUGUCGACGGCUGCAGAGACGGUGGCGGCGCCUGCGCCGGCGACGGCAGAGGCGGCAGCAGGCAAGCCGUCGCAGCAGCAGCAGCAGCAGCAGCAGCAGCAGCAGCAGCAGCAGCAGCAGCAGCAGCAGCAGCAGCAGCAGCAGCAGGCUGUGGUCGCCACAACCCGGCCGCCCCCCGCCCCGCCGGCGGAGGAUGACUGGGGUGACGAUGGCUGGAACGACUUUGCCUCGGCGGCGCUCCCGGUCGACACCGGCGCUUCGGACCCUUUCGCUUUGCUCAGCAGCUCGUCUAAGGUGGCGGUUGCAGCGGUAGAUCCAAAGACUGCCGCAAAAGCGUCGCCGGGCGGCUCACUAGCAGCCGCGGCCGCCCCAGUGGCGGAGAUGCAGGCGAUCACGCUGACCGACGCGGCGCUGGCGCACCUCAAGAAGAUGCGCAGCGAGGUCGGCGGCGACGAGCUGCUGCUGCGCGUCGGCGUCAAGCAGGGCGGGUGCAGCGGCAUGUCGUACGUGAUGGACUUUGAGGCCCCCGAGAAGCUGAGCCCCGACGACACCCUCCUGUCCGCCGGCAGCAGCCCCGACGCGUCCGGCCUGCGGCUCGUGUGCGACCCCAAGAGCCUGCUGUACCUGUUUGGCAUGCAGCUGGACUACUCGGCGGCGCUGAUCGGCGGCGGCUUCAAGUUCCAGAACCCCAAUGCCACGGAGACCUGCGGCUGCGGCACGUCCUUCACUGUUUGA